CCGUCACGUGGGCACGUCCCCUGCGCUCCGGCUCCGGCGGGCGCGCGGCGGACCGCGGGCGGCGGGCGGCGGGCCGCGGGUGGCGGGCGCAAUGGCUGCGCGGUUGCAGCCGCAGCCCCCGGGAGGCGCCGUGUCGGCCGCCGCCUACCCCGACACGCCCGCCGAGCUGCCCCCGCACCUGCAGGCCGGCGCGAUGCGGCGCCGCUUCUGGGGCGCGUUCAACUGCCUGUGCGCCGGCGCGUUCGGGGCCCUGGCCGCCGCCGCCGCCAAGCUGGCCUUCGGCAGCGAGCCUUUCUCUGCACGCGAUUCCAAGGUGAGCAUGGUCUUCUGCGUCUUGGGCAUUAUUGUGAUGGCAAGCACCAAUUCCCUGAUGUGGACCUUCUUCAGUCGGGGCCUCAGUUUCUCCAUGUCUUCGGCCAUUGCAUCGGUCACAGUGACUUUUUCGAAUAUUCUCAGUUCGGCCUUCCUGGGCUACGUGCUGUACGGAGAGUGCCAGGAGGUCCUGUGGUGGGGAGGAGUGUUCCUCAUCCUCUGUGGGCUCACCCUCAUCCACAGGAAGCUCCCGCCCACCUGGAAAGCCCCACCACACAAGCAGCAGUGACACCAACUGGCUGGACGCACUGGACACACGGCUGAUAAGGCCACCAUGGUGCCCAGCCUUGGGCUGGUGUGCAGGAUUGCUUCCAGAGUGACCUGGGUAGGGCCACAGGGAGAUGCCAGGACCAGGCAGGCCUUCGGGCCAGCCUUGCUCCCAAGGGAACAAGCCUCGGAUCUCCAGGCCCUGCGGGCAGAAGCUCUGGCUUCUGUGAGGGGAGGUGGUGUGGCAGUACUGUGCCCGAGGUGUCCUCGGUCAUCUGCGUAAAGCUUUGAUUCUCACAUCAGAGCCCGGGCCGAUGCUGUGACUCUGGGUUGCUCAGCUCCAUGUAGGUGCCUGAGACCACACUGUAACUGUAGUCCUACGUCUGUCCAAGGCCAUCGCAAACCUCUAGUGUCGGUGACUGAUGGGGCUUUCUGAUGACCCCAUGCUGACUUAUAGGCCAUCUACGUCACGCUUGUGUAUUAUGGCAAGAAAAAGGAAACCUGAGUUAAUAAAUAACUUUUUUGUAAGUUAAAACUA